AUGAUCUCUCGCACCCUUGUUGCCCUUGCCUUCAUGACGGCCGCCCUCGCCGUCCCCACCAUCCUCUCCACUCGCGAGGAUGCGCCCACCGACGCAGACCUCCUUGGGUCCUGCCCCGGUGGUCCCGGCUCCCCCAACGUUGAGCACGCCGAUACGUGCAAUCUGGUGAACAUCGUCAACAACCCCAACAAGCGCGUGUUCAAGGCGCUCGGCGACCCCCAGCUCAACUGCGGCGGGGGUACCGACGCCGUCUCAGUCUCCUUGGGGGGCGAGACGUCCGUCUCGCAGACCGUCACCGCCGACGCCAACGUUGGGAUCGACAUCGAGGGCAUCUCCAUCGGCGGGGGCGUCUCCACCGAGAACGGCUCGACCCAGACGCAGUCGAAGACCGUCACGUACUCGAUCCCGCCGGGCCGCCAGGCCGUCUACGUCACCGGGAUCGACCAGACGUCGCAGUCGGGCAACGUCCAGGUCAACUUCGCCGACCGCCAGUUUGAUCACUUCCAGUGGACCACGGGUUCGACGAUCACGCAGCUCACGCCGACGAACAACGUUGUGUUCGACGUCUACGAGAGCGCGUGCGGGUCGGACCCGAACGACUUCUCCAGCCUCCACUGA